UGCAGUAAGCAGUGCCAUAAUUAAGGUGAAUUUUCUGCUUCUAAGGAGAUUUUCUGCACGUGUCCGUAAAAAAUCGUUAAAAAUCGCGCGUCCUGCCCCCAAAGAGUCGCUACCCCGCGCGCUCUCGCGUUACUUGCGUAAAAUGCGGACACCCCUUUAUGUCAUCGCUGCAGUGGUAUUCAUUGUCCUGGCGCAGCUUAUUAUUAGCGCGCCGGUGCGCAAGCCAAUGCGCGUGCAGCUGAAUGCCGACUAUUUGCGUGCCAUGGGCGCCUACAGACGCCUGGAGUCGCGAUUGUCACGCGAGGAGCUGCGUGUUAUUACUACCAUAGGUAUUUUGAAUGGCGCGCGGCAAGCCGAACUAGAAAUGGAACGCAAUUUGGUGGGGAUUGUUAAGGAACUAUUGCGUGGCGCCGAAGAUAUAAACGAUGACGAGCUCAUUGUGCGAGUUCAAAAUAUCGAAAAGCAAUUGGCGCGCGAUCAUCGUGCGCUGCUGAUACUCACAGGCGCAAUGGAUUUGGUGACGGGCGCAAAAGAUGUUGACGACUUCAAAACGGAUAUGCAGCAAACGCUGCAGCAGAUACGUAGGCAGUCCGAGGGAGAGCUGGAUGAUGAUGAGGCGGAUUUGCGACAGCGCACCGAAGCGAAAGGCAAAAGUGAAGAAGUUAACGAAGCGGCUGAGCGAGUAGCGGCUUUGAGACGGCAGAUUGUGCAGCAGGUGCGUGCUAUGAAAACGCUGAUGGAGGAGAAAGUUACGCAGACGCUGGACUAUCUUAUAGCGCGGGCUGAUGAAAAUAGCCUUCUUGGACUGGCUAGCAAGAAGGUGGUGCAAAAACGGAAUGUGCCCGAUGCACGGGAGGUACCCGCUGAGGUGCGCAUGAUUAAGUCAAUACUGACGGAGGAGGACUUCCGUAACAAUCUCGUGGAUACACGACUUGAAAUGCGAGACAAUGCGCUCUUCGAUGACUCACUGGAAGAUGAUUUGGAAUUAAAAUCUGAAGGCAAUAAAUCUAAGAUUGUCCUUGAAAAUCGCAGCAGUAAAAACAGUUCAUUGAAACAACGUAGCGAUCCGCCAGUAACAACAACCACAACAACUGCGACAACAAUAACAACCACAGUACGUGGAGUAAGGGCAACAAAACCACUGAGCACUGGCGCUGCAGUAGCUUCUACAACAACUGUGAGUCCAAGCACAGAAAUCGUCCUAAUCAAUGCCACAACUGACGCAGAUGCGCCAAAGUUAGCUAAACAGGAGGAAGGCAUCCCUAUUGACUUACCGCCAAUACCCAUUGGAGCAGAAGAAGAUGAGUUCCCAGAUGCUCCUCCACCACCAGAUGGUGCCGGUGGGGGUGGUGGUGGUCUGGUGGGCAUUAUUACGAGCUUGAGUGGAGGCGAAGGCGGCUCGGAUAUUGGUGCGCUGAUUGGCGCCUUGACCGGUGUUAUAUCAACUUUGUUUGGGCCAGGCGGUUUAGAUAUCGAGUCUUUAAUAAGCACUGCGACAUCACUGAUUUCCGGUCUGCUGGCGGGUAACAAAAACUUUGGCACAGUGCUGGGCAUAUACAUAGGCACUGCAUUUGAUGGUCUAUCUGGCGGCGGUGGAGCGGUAAAUAAUGGACAAUUUAUAGGAAAUCUGCUCGGCACAGUUUACGCUCAACUCAGUGCAGAUCCCGAUGAUGAUGACUUGCGUCCCAAUCCUUUACUCUUUGCGCGCAAUCUUAUUAGCAGUUUUGUAGAAGCAAAAAACCGCAAGGAAUCCGACGAGGAGGGCGACGACGAGCGCCGCUCUGAUUCACGGCAUUCGCACGGCAAUAAGGCUAAGGGAGAUGACGGCGCCGGUGGCUCCGAUUCGGGUGGCUUCAUCAAGCAUAUCGCUUCGCAUAUUGUCGGUAGUCUGGUCAGUCUGCUAUUGAAUGCUUCGUUGGGUGCUUCCGGCGGCGCAUCACACGCCUCGGCCUCAUUAUUUGGCAGUUCAAGCCAUAAAGGCAGUGGCGGCGGUGGAGGAGGCAAUGGUCAUAAGUAUUAAGCAGCGUAUUUUAUUACUUUUAACUUUUAGGUGGGUGUGACUGCUAUUGUUGUUGUUAUUAAUAUAGUGUGUGCAGCAUAUUUAGAUGACUUGCGGUUAGUGAGAUUAUGAAUGUAUGUAGUUUUUA